CCGGCCUCGCGCGCGCACGUGCCGCCCGCUCGCGCUCGUGGUUCUGGCGCUGUGGGAAAGGAAUAAUGCUGUCAGCAUGUCUGCACACUCCAUGCUCUGUGAACGAAUCGCCAUAGCCAAGGAACUGACCAAGAGAGCAGAAUCACUUUCUCGAUCAAGGAAAGGUGGCAUAGAAGGUGGUGCAAAGCUGUGCAGCAAAUUGAAGGCAGAAUUAAAAUUCUUGCAGAAAGUAGAUGCUGGGAAAGUAGCUAUUAAGGAAUCCCAUUUACAGAGCACUAAUCUAACGCACCUAAGAGCCAUUGUGGAAUCAGCAGAAAACUUGGUAGAAGUUGUCAGUGUUCUUCAUGUCUUUGGUUACACAGAUACCUUGGGAGAAAAGCAGACCCUUGUGGUGGAUGUAGUUGCAAAUGGCGGUCAUACAUGGGUGAAAGCCAUUGGCCGCAAGGCUGAAGCUCUACAUAACAUUUGGCUGGGCAGGGGCCAGUAUGGUGACAAAAGCAUCAUUGAGCAGGCUGAAGACUUCCUCCAGGCCAGUCACCAGCAGCCAGUGCAGUAUAGCAACCCUCACAUCAUCUUUGCGUUUUACAACAGUGUCUCCAGCUCCAUGGCGGAGAAGCUCCUAGAAAUGGGCAUAUCGGUGAGAGGAGACAUAGUAGCAGUUAACUCUCUGUUAGAUCAUCCUGAAGAGCUCCAGCCAAGCGAAAGUGAGUCUUAUGAUGAAGGCCCUGAACUUUUGCAAGUGACCAGAGUAGACCGAGAAAAUAUACUAGCAAGUGUUGCGUUUCCAACGGAAAUUAAGGUUGAUGUGUGCAAAAGGGUAAAUCUGUACAUUACUACUUUAAUCACAUAUGUAUCUGCUCUCAGCUAUGGAGGCUGCCACUUUAUCUUCAAAGAAAAAGUGCUCACAGAACAAGCAGAGCAAGAGAUGAAGGAGCAGGUUUUACCGCAGCUGGAGGCAUUUAUGAAGGACAAGGAGUUGUUUGCUUGUGAAUCUGCUGUCAAGGACUUUCAGUCUAUUCUAGAUACCUUAGGAGGACCUGGGGAGAGAGAGAGGGCCACGAUGCUAAUUAAAUAAAUUAAUGUGGUACCAGACCAGCCUUCGGAGCGUGCCUUGAGACUAGUGGCCAGUUCAAAAAUCAAUAGCCGCUCGUUAACAAUUUUUGGGACAGGAGACACUCUAAAAGCCAUCACGAUGACUGCCAAUAGUGGUUUUGUCAGAGCCGCCAACAACCAGGGUGUUAAAUUUAGUGUGUUUAUCCAUCAGCCCCGAGCACUUACUGAGAGCAAAGAGGCUCUGGCCACCCCCUUACCAAAAGACUACACAACUGACAGUGAACACUAAUGAUAUCAUUUCAAUAUUGCCAUGGAAAUUAUAAGUUACUUAUACCAAAGGCUGGGUCUUCCCAUCUUAAAUGGGGAAGAAAAAAAGGUCUAUAGUAAACAUAACAUUUAGAACUCUUAAACCAGUAGAGUUGAUUGUGAGUGUCAUCUAUAAAAUAUAUAUCCUCCCACAGUAGAAAAAGCACAAGAGACAACCUUAUUUAUCAGACUGUCUACA